AUGCCUCGGCUCCCGGGCCGAGCGGAGCUGCUCCUCGGUCUGGUGUUGCUGAUGGCGCUGCUGGCCUCCGGCCUCGGGCUCCCCCUGAGGAAGCCGAGGGACCCUGAUCCUUGGCCCAGGAGCCCCACAAGGCUGCCGGAGAUCUCAGCCUCCCUGGAUCUUGGGCAUCCCAAGGAAGAAGAAGAGACCCCACUGCUCCCUGAAGCCCGCCUCCUGGCAGGGUCUCACCAACACAGCCACCAGACCCUCAGUGGGUCAGCCUCCCUAAGCCCUGACGAGGCGGCUACCCCUCCUAGGAUCCUGGAGGACACUCCCUUGCUGUUGGAGCUACAGAAGCUGCCGGGAUUGGCCAACACAGGUUUGAGUGCCCCAAACCCCAACAUCCAGGUGACCAUUGAGGUGGUGGAGGACCCCCAGGCCGAAGUGGAGAUGGACCUGUUGGCAGGUUCCAACCAACGCUGGACCCAGGGCACCCCCAGCUGGCUGCCUACCAAGGAGCUCUUCUGGCCCCUUUUCUGGGGCUAUGUGGAGGGUGAGGAUGUGGGGACCAGCCUCAAGGGCAGAGCCUCAGAGGAGAAGGCGGUGGAUAAUCCUGCAGAGUACAGCGAGGGUGAGGGCCAGGAGGAUGAAGAAGAUGAUGAUGAGGAUUCAGAGGAGCCUGGGUUCAGUGGGGCUGCAAGCAUCUGGGACCAGGGCUGGCUGGCCCUCGAAGACUGGACAUUCAAAGAGACUGACAGCUAUGACUACGAGCCUCAAGGGGAGUGGAGCCCUUGGUCUCCGUGCAGCAGGAGCUGUGGCAGUGGCAGCCAGAGGAGGACUAGGCCCUGUGGUUACGCCUGCACUGCCACUGAGUCCCGGGCCUGCGACCUUCCCCUGUGUCCGGGUGCCGAGAAUGAGGACACAGUGGGCUUCCCCAGGGAGGGAUGGCAGCCCCUGGACCACAAUGCUACAGAUGUGCUUAGCCCAGAUGUGGACAGCUGUGAGAAGUGGCUGAACUGCAAGAGCGACUUCCUCGCCAGGUACCUGAGCCAGGUGCUGCGGGACCUGCCCAGCUGCCCGUGCGCAUACCCGCGGGAGGCCGUGUCCCACGCGGUGAGCCUGCGGGACGAGCGCCAGGGCCGCAGCUUUAGGUGGCGGGACGCCAGCGGGCCCCGCGAGCGCCUGGACGUGUACCAGCCGCUGGCGCGCUUCUGCCUGCGCUCGGUGCUGUCGGGGCAGAGCAGUACCCUGGCCGUCCAGCACUGCUGCUACGACCAGGGCAGCCGGCUCCUGACCCGCGGCAAGGGCGCCGGCACGCCCGACCUGGUCAGCACCGAUUUCUCCCCGGAGCUGCACUUCAAAGUGGACACGCUGCCCUGGAUCCUGUGUAAGGGGGACUGGAGCCGCUACCAUGCCGUGCGGCCCCCCAACAACGGCCGGGCCUGCGCCGACAACCCACCCGAGGAGGAGUACCUGGCUCAGUUGCAGGAGGUCAAGGAGUACUAA